AUGGCCCGCGACGAACCACCGGCCAGGAAUACAAGAAGCCAGUCGAGAGGUGAUGCUCAGCUCGACAGGGAAGACGUGGAGAUGGUCAUGGACGUCAUGGGCCUGCGCUGCAACCGUGAAGGUGAGAUGGAGGUCAGCUCCGAUGAGCUCUCGAGCUUGUUUGAGGAGGAGACGAGUCUGGAGGAGGUGAAAGAGUCCUUCCGCGUCUUGGACCAGAAGGGUGCUGGUUUCAUCGAUGCACUCGAGAUGCAGAGAGUGCUCACCGCGCUCGGCUUCGUGGAAGGGUUGGAAUUGGAUGCGGAAGGAUGA